AUGGCCUCCUUCUGUCGAGGGAAGGAGGGAAGGAGGGAAGGUGGGAAGGAGGGAAGGAGGGAAGGAGGUGUCGUGAAGAGCAUCGCCGCGUGGACCUGCUUCUCUCCGUUCCCGGACUCGGAAUCGCCUUGGGUCUUGUUGGGGAUGGGUUGCCGCUUUCGUCAGAUGCGUCCAGGAAUUCCAAUACCUUCUCCGACGUCGUCUGGAGAGAAAAUAUUGAGUACCGUUAGAAAAGUACCUGGGACAGUGCCGGUUGCAUAUGCGAGCGUUGGCCAUUUGUUGCUAUCUCACUUCGGGGUCAGGGAACUCACCAAUGUUGGCUGGGAUCAUCAGCAUCGUCAACCGCCGCUUCUCAAGAUUGAGACAAUUUUGUUGUGCGAACUGGGAGGUUUUCACACCCCGACACCGAUCGGCAUCCAAAAGCUUCGGUCGGACAUGCAGCUCUCCACGACGGCCUUGAACAAAUCCUCUACCGGCUAUCGAUGUAAUCAAAGCAAUCGAUCCCCCGUCGUUGGAUCUGUGGGAGCCCAACGACGAGAAAGUCGGAUGAGGUUCCCCCGUCUCUUCGACGCCCUACCCUUCCGGUUCAGGCGUGGAAGCUCAAAGAUCCCUCGCAUGAAUCUCACUUUCUCGACUCCAAUCCCACGGAAGGUAGCUGACUCCAUCAAGUACCUGGUUAUCAUUAUCAGGAAAAACCUGGAUUGCGAGGAACACUUCAGCUCCACGUCUACCAAAGCCGAUAGAGUUGUUGGCUCGACGAAACUUGGGCCUAGUGAAUCAUCAGCCUUCACAAAGGCUCUCCCUUCCCAUGUGCAAGAUGCCACUAAGCCUUUAUCUCACGAGGCACUUAUGGUGAAGAAACUGGAUCACAACUUGGAUGCUGCCAGAGACUCAACAAAUAGUGUUACAGAACCUAAAUUGCUAAGCACAGAAGUGCCUCAUUUACAGUACUCAGCAUUUCAUUCUGAGUCUUCUCGUGCUGUGAAUCAUAUAUCACCCACACAUUCAGCAGAGAUUCAAGAACAGAACUUGGAAUCAUCCAACCUGAAUGAAUUCUCCAAAGUCAUCACAAGUGCUGCUGAAUCAACUAUGGGAAUUCAGGCAGUGGGAUCUAGUAAAUCAACCAUGGAAUCAGACUCCUUAAAAUCAUCCACAAUGGGCAGGAAUUCACAUGUGAAAUUGAAUGGUGUAAUCACCUCUAGUGCCACUAAAUCAGAAGUAGAAAUAGGCAUGCAAGAGCAAUUGUCAGUCCCUCCAGUGAUCAACCCUGAUAGUGAAUCACCAACUACCACUAGAGAAUCCAGUGUGUCUGAGGAAAUAAUGAAUUCUGGUCAUAUUGGAGAUGACAUACCUGCAUUCUCUCCAUCUGCUGAAGGUAAUGAAGAAACACAAGAAUCAUUGGAAGCACCAAAGCUGGAAGAGCUGAAGCCACAGGCUGGAGAUUCCCAAGAGAAUUCCAUGUUUUUCACUGAGAAUGGAGCUAAGCAUCAUGAGGAUUCUAUCACAACUUUCAAUGAAUGGGCAAAGCAAAAAUUGGAGGAAGCUCAGAGAAGUACAUCCAAUGCUUCAGCUAAUGGUAAUGGAGGCAAGAGACGACUGAGGAACUUUGCCUCACUUGCCUGUGGAGCCAAGCUGUUGUCUGCAAAUGUAGAAGCUCAGCGUGCAUCUGCAGUCUUGUCAGGUGCUCCUGAUGAGUAUCUCUUGUCACCGUGCAAAGCCAGGGUGUAUUUUGUUGUUGAGCUCUGUGAAGCAAUCCAGCCCAGCAAAUUCGAGCUGGCAAAUCUGGAACUGUAUUCUUCAUCACCUCGAGAAUUCCUGCUGAGCAUGAGUGACCACUGGCCUUGUCGAAACUGGACUUUGAUUGGAAAGUAUGAAGCUCGGGAUGACCAUUCAAUCCAGAAUUUUACCAUCAACCCCAAUUUUGAGUACUUUGGGAAGUAUCUUAAGGUGGAAGUGCUGUCACACUAUGGAUCAGAACAUUACUGCCCCAUUUCUCUUUUUCGUGUAUAUGGAACCAGUGAAUUUGAAGCCCUUGAUCAAGUACAGGGUUACAAAGCCCAUGGAAUGGAGGAGGUCAUUGAAGGAGAAGAGGAGCUUAUGGACUCAGAACGAGAGGCCAGACGAAGUGUGGGUCAUUCUCUAUUUGGAAGUGCAAGAGAAGCUAUUAUGAACAUUGUUAAGAAAGCUGCUGAAGCCUUUCGUUUAAGUCCUCCAGCUGAGGUUCUGAAUGAGACCCUUGGAAUCCCAGAGUUGGAAGAUUUCCCAGGAUGUGCUUGUCCCCUUCAAGAACAUUCAAAAGUGGUAGAAGGACACAAGGAUGUCUGGGCCUACCUUUCCUGCCAUCCUUAUAAUGUUACCCAAUGGAAGGAAGCUACAUCAUCAUGCUUAUAUUGUGUAAUGGCUUCUGAUAAUCAGUCUGCUGGACCACUACCCUCUAGUCCAGGCAAUCAGUGUGUCUGCCCAUUGUCUUCUCGCUUCUUUCUCACAUUAAUUCCAAGGACAACAAUCAGUGGGCUCCUGCUCUCCCUUCGCCUUUCUCAUUUGGAAGGACCAAAGUCAUCCUGCCCUGUGAAUCAAUCUCAUCCAGAUGCCUUAAACUUGUCUGGUACAUCUCAGAACCCUAUGGAUGUGGAUGUUUUACUUGAGCCAUCUAGGUCAUCAACCAUGCACCCCAUUCAUCACGAGACAUCAUCAGAUGCCCCUGAUGUCCUCAAUUCCAUGGAUGCCUCCCCAGAUUCAGGAGAUUUAAUGUCUGACUCUCAGUUUUUGCUUGACAUGGAGCAUGAUAAGUCUGCCUCAGAAAUGACUGACUUUGAAAUCCAACCAUCCACUGCAAGUGGGACAGCAAAACUCACCCAAGAGGAGACAUCAACACGGCCUGCCAUGGAAUCUGAUGUGAAGAUGACCAGUACCAAAACUGUUGAUUCCACAAAUGAAGCACUACAGUCAUUGAUUCAACCUAAUGAGACAGUAGCUGAGGAUUUCCAAGAGGUGAUCCCAAGUCCACCAUCAGAGCAGCUUAGUUUGUUUGAUCCCAGCACACUUUCUUCCACACCAGGGAGUGGAGCCAAUCAACCUCCUCAGAACAAGGAGACAGCUUUUCUCCGUCUUUCUAACAGAGUCAGGACUUUGGAGUUGAACUUGAGCUUAAGCACUCAAUACUUGGAGGAACUGAGUCGCAGGUACAAGCGACAAGUGGAAGACCUCAGUAAGGCAUUCAACCGGUCCCAACAGCAACUUGCUGAUGCUUUGCAGGCCCUGAAGAUUCAGGAACAUUUAUUGCAAGAAAUGAAUGGCACCAUCAUUCUACUCCUUGACUCUAACCAGCCACUCCAAUACAAUCAAAAUGUGAUGAUUGGGAUCUUGGUGAUAUUUGAGACCGUGGCCAUGGCUCUACUGGUUUUGUGCCUGAACCGUUCACGGUCUCCCCCACUUCCUCGUUCACAGUCUCCCCCUCCACUUUCUCGUGCCCUUCAUCGCCACCCACAGUCAUCAAACGAAAUUUCAACACAAGCAUUCAAUGGAAGUCAUCCUCCUGCCUCUUCCUCAAAGCCUCAGCAGAAGAAAACACCAUACCACUUUUUAUUGUCCAGUGAUUCUAAGCAGAGAUCUUAUAGUCAAACUGACCUCUCUUCAGUGUCCAUUCCUCGAAAUUCCAUCGAGGUUCUACGGCAGGUCCCAAAAGGAGGCAAAAGUCGGCAAAAGAAAAAGGAAAAGAAACAACAGCACCAGCUUCUCAGAUCCCUUUCCAGCAGCUCUCUCUCUUCUCAGUUUACUCCCAAUCCUAUGGCUUGUCUUGUGAGUGAUGUCAAGAUAUGAGCUGGACCUUUCUCCCUCUGAUUUGUUGCUCCAGGGGUAGCCUAGAGUGUAUCUUCUGUAACUGUUCUGGGAAAUGAGUUGUGCUGUGUUAUCACAUCCCAUGUUAUGUGGCAUCUGAGGACAGGGGCUCUUGUAUGACUUUCUGCACCUGCUUCUUUUCAUUCAGAAUGCCUUUGUUAUUGACAAAUUUUUUUCAUUUUGCCUUUUUCUUUUUAGGAAUCUGCUGUUGUUCAGUAGGUGAUGAAAAAUGUCAUGUAUUGACUUAGUUGUAGACUUUCUAUGGUGAGUUGAUGAGGUAAAAGAAGACUUCUGGAGAAACGGUUCUUGUCUGCGUUAGUUCCUGGUUAUUUGAUGGCCAGAGGUGCUGAAUUGUGAUGGGAAACAUGAAAUUUCUCUCAUGAAAUGUGAUACUGUAUGUGUGCAUCCACUGAAUAUAUGAAUGUAAAUAUUUUAAAGGUAUGACCUAUGUCUUACUGCAUGGUCCUACUUUCUAAAGGUUUUUGAAUGUGAUACAUACCUUUGUGUGUAGAAGUAGAAGUGCCAGGAAGGGCAGAUUCAAGGACGCUUAAGAAGGUCAAAUAGGUGUCGGAUGUCUUCUGGAAGACAAGGUGGAAUGUAUUGUGCAGCUUUGCUGUCUGAAAUACAUUUUAAAUGACAGAAAAGCUGUUUGGUUAAUGAGCUAGGAAAUAAACUUGGACCUUCAUUCCAGUGAUAGGCUAAUGGCUCAAUAUGUCUGUGGAGCUUGUGAUCUCAAUAUGAGCUUUCUCUUGCCAGCACUUCCCAGCCUUUAGAAGUAGGUUCCAACACAGGGGGGAAGGUUAGGUGAUGGUAGCAAUCCAUAGAUGUCAUAGUCAUGCACUGUGUUACUUAUCAUGUCUUGGGAAUCUUUCAUCCCAUAGCUUAUGUUCUUCUAUGUUCUUUGUUCUGUUCAGAACCAUCCUUCCCCUUUCACCUCUCUCAUUUAUUUAUUGGUCAACCUUAGAUUGUCUGCUCAUAUUUAAACUUCACUGCCAUC